AUGCUCACCAAACUGCUGCUCGUCGGUCUGGCCAGCCUUAAUUGUGUUGCAUCAAUUAAGCCACCUCAGAAACCGCCGCCGCCGUCACCACCGGCACGGCCGUGGUCUACUUUUGCAGAGAAUGUCAUCCUGCAGCCCGACUCCCAACACACUGUUCUCUAUCCCCGACAAGUCGAACUAUCGGAUGGAAGCCUCCUCGCGACAACCUCGUAUGGAGGUGACAAAACUCCCUAUUUUCCUAUAUUCCGAAGUGCAGAUGGUGGUGCCACAUGGUCCUGGAUCUCCAACCUGACUGACCAAGUGAAUGGGCUGGGAAUGUCAGCUCAGCCAGCCCUGGCAGAGCUGCCAUUCGCUGUUGGUGACUUCGCUGCCGGCACAGUUUUGGCCAGUGGAAACAGCUGGGGAAGCGAGAGCACCAAGAUUGACAUAUAUGCCAGUAAAGACAAGGGCCAUACAUGGAAGUUCGUCAGCAAUGUGGCGAGAGGGAGUGGACCGGAUACUACCAAUGGCAAUCCAUGUAUUUGGGAGCCAUUCAUCGAGUUUUUCAACAAUACUGUCGGCGUGUUCUACUCCGAUCAGCGUGACCCGCUGCAUGGGCAGAAGCUUGCCCAUCAGGAAUCGACAGACUUGAAAUCCUGGGGUCCUGUGGUAGACGAUGUGGCAUAUCUCAAUUAUACUGGCCGUCCUGGCAUGACUAUUAUUUCCUAUAUCCCUCCGCUGGAGAAGUGGAUUCUGGUGCACGAGUUCCCAGGAGGAGAUAGCUGGUCUGGGGCGGGAUAUCCGGUCUACUAUCGAAUGUCUGAGAGCCCAUUUGAUUUCCGGUUUGCCUAUGGUAUACCCAUCAUGGUCGAUGGGGUACAGCCAAACGCAUCUCCUUAUGUGGUCUGGUCCUCAAUCGGCGGUGCCAAUGGGACCAUCAUUGUCAGCGACGCUGAUCACGGCAGCGUUUUCACUAAUCGAGCCGGUGGCCAGCCUGAUCAGUGGGAAAUUCACGCCACACCUCAACCGGCGGCAUAUAGCCGAAGCUUACAUGUCUUUGCGAAGUAUCCGGAUCACUUGAUGAUUCUGGGUGCAGGCGUCUUUGGUGAAACGGAGAAUCUGCCGCUUUAUCUUAGUGUGGUGAGUGUAAUAGAUACCUUGAGGCAGCCAGCGGGAAAUUAG